AUCGGGUUUAAAUAGACCCGUUCAAGGACUUGUAUAGUGUCGACGAGCCAAACCGAACGCAGACCCAACCCUCGCCACACCAGAAAAGGAAAAUAUCCUCAGGGUUCGCCGACCUCAUCUUCCCAUCUCUCAAAACUCAUUACAGCAAUUCGAAGGUCUGGUGUUCAAGCUGUUUAGUUAGGUUGUAGAGAUGAGACGGCCGGGGCACUAUGGUGAUUCAGGUGGCAAUGCAUAUGUCACUGCUCAGAUGCAGCACAUGUCUGGUCAGAGGAUGGAACAAAAAUCUGGUCAUUACCAAGGACGGUCAGAGCCAUUGACCUCUGAUAAGGAGCAUCCAUAUGGAGCUUCAAAAGCAGAUGGACAAUGGAGAUGGGAAAGGGAUGGAUCCAAAGUACCAAACUCGAUGUCACCCCAAAUGUUCAAUGAAGGUCAAGGGGGUGAUACAUCUAGAUCCUAUUUCCAAGGCCAGAGGCAAGAUUCCAAAAUGGCUUUAGAGAGACAAGGGAACAAUGAUCCUAGAUCGCAGCCUCGUGAAGAGGAUAUGGACAUUGGAUUUGAAGAUAAUCCCUCGUCACGGACUUUUGAAGGUCUCGAGCAGAGAUUCCUUGAUGACAUCAUGAAAUUAUCAAAGGAACAAACUGAUGCAGAGGAUGCAGAAAAUGCAAGGCAUAGGGAGAGAAUAAACACAAUCAAUGCUCAAUAUCAAGAACAACUAGCUGCGCUUCGAGCUCGGCACUCCGGUCGUCGAGAUGAGUUCCUUCGGAGGGAAUCCCAUGCACGACAACAGCAGUACCAGCAGGCUACGAUGGAUCACUACCCCAAUAGUGGCAUGGGUCCUAGUGAUCCUCAUGGGUAUGGUGGAGCUGCAGGUAGCGAAUCACACCGAACAUAUAAUGUUGAUCAAUAUGAUUCCUACAGAGAACGGGCUCGAUUUCUUGGGAGUACACGAGAUCAUGGCUUUGAGUCCAGAGGUCCAUAUCCUGGGGGCCGUGUUUAUGAUACUGGCUCUCGCUAUUAUUGAUAUAAUUGAUUAGGGUAGGUUAUUAACUUUUCCUUGCAUUUCCCAUUAUUAUUAUGUUUGUUUUUCAUCUUACCUGGUUCUAUGUUGGUUGUUUUUCUGUCUGUAAUGUUCCUUGUGCAAGGGAAAAACAAGGUCUGUAAGUUUUUUUAUUACGAGGUCUAAUUAUUAGAAGCAUUUGCUUUGGAAAUU